AUGCAUGCCAUGCAUGCCAUGCGCCAGGGGCCGCCUCCGAUGGCCAUGUCAAUGUCCGGCUCUGUGAAGUCCAUGCCGACAUCGAUGACACCCAUGCCAACGCCGUGUCAGAGCAUGGGCUCCAACGGCUACCAAAGCUGCCAGAGCUACCCAGGGCACGCGAUGGCUCAGGCGCCGCCGUCCCUCCAUUCGGCUCCGGCUUAUGCCUCGCCACCUCCCAGUGGCCCUGUCUAUGCUGCUCCGAUCAAAGGCCACGGCGAGGCUUCCCCACAAAGCUAUGCCGAGAGUGCGGACAGCGAGGGUCCUUUCACAAGGGGAUUCCCUGACCCAGCCUCGAUCGAUCAGCAAAAGAAGGCCUACUGCAGGAGCCUGGAUCAGCAGCUGGAAGACGGAAACUCAUCGUUGCAAGAGCAGAAUGUGGAGAGGAAGAAGCAGCUCUACGAGGCCGCAGAGCAGCAGAAGCAAGCCCUGCUGCUGCACAUGGAGCAGCAAGUGAAGAUGCAGGAGAUGGCGCUGGAUGAGCAGACGAACCAAGCCAUGAUGGGCUUGAAGAAGGCAGCGCUUGACCAGAGGGCUGCCUUGGAGCAGCAAGCUGCGUCAUUGACCCUGGAGUAUCAGCACAGGAAGAUGCAGGAAGAAUUUGCUGCGACGCAGGCUGAGAUGCACAGGCAAUAUGUGGACUCGGCCAGCAAGCUGCAGACGGAGGUCCACAAACACCAGACCGAGUCCAAAGGGAAGAUGCAGCGAGAGUGGGAACGGCAACUCAAGGAACGGCAAGAAGUUCUCGGGCCAGCUGCCACGAUGCCAGCUCAACCUGCCCAGGCGAUGCCGAUGGCACAGCAAGCGCCGCCAAUGGCGCACCAAGCGCCGAUGCCAAUGGCGCACCAAGCGCCGAUGCCAAUGGCGCACCAAGCGCCGAUGCCAAUGGCGCACCAAGCGCCGAUGCCAAUGGCGCACCAAGCGCCAAUGCCUGUCUACAGCUCUGCCUCCUUUCCACCACAGGGCUGUGCAGUUUCACCAACAUCAGUCGCACCGGUGCAGCAUGCACUCAGCUACUCCAUUCCGCAGGCGCGAGCGGGCGAGGACGUGGAGGAGUCGACCACUUGCGGCGAGCUGCAGCAGCGCGUGGCCCUUGCCCUCCAGCAGCCUGUUCAACUAGUUGCAGAAGAUGUGCUUUUGGAAGGUGAGAAAGCAGUUGGGGAGGUGCUCAAAACAGAGGCGGAGUUGACGAUGCUCCACUCCCGCCCGCGGCCGCUGCCCGGGCUUUACGUUUGCGAGCUGAACAACCACCGGGUGAUGCGCUACGCUGGGACCGGUGGUGAGGUGGUGGUGGGCGGCUUCGGGCGGGGCUCCGCGCCUGGGCAGCUCGCGGGGCCGCGGAAGCUCUGCGCGGACGAGGAGUUUCUGUACCUCUCGGAGCUGGGGAACCGCCGGGUGACGCGCUGGGUGCCGAGCCUCCGGGGCCAGGCCGCGGGCUGCGAGGUGCUCACCGGGCACUUGGAGGAGCCGUGGGGCAUCUGCGUGGACCGAGCCGCGGUGUACGUGGCCGACGCCAAGGCCCACGCCGUGACCCGGUGGGUUCAGCGGAAGGGAAGCGUUGAAGCCGGCGGAAGAGGUCCUGGAGAUGGCUUGGACCAACUGAACCAGCCUGUGGAUGUUGCCUUGGACUCGCGUGGCCGGCUCUACGUCGCCGAGCGUGGAAACGAUCGCGUGACGCGUUGGCAUGGGAGAAACUGUGAGAUUGUUGCAGGCGGACAGGGUUGGGGCGAUGAUUUGGAGCAGCUGGCAGGUCCAACGGCCUUGGCCUUGCAAGAAGUAGGGGGCGAGACUGCAGUUUUGGUGGCGGAGGCAGGCAACAAUCGCAUUACCCGGUGGUGGCCAGGCCAGCCCCGCUGUGAGAUUCUGAUUGGUGGCGUGGGCUCUUUGCCGAAUCUUGACGCUCCUGAGGGGCUUCAUUAUGACGUGCAGGAGGGGUGCAUCUACGUUGCUGAAGCGGGAAGCAACCGAGUCACUCGCUGGCGAUCUGGAGCACUCCAAGGAGAGAUCAUCGCCGGCGGCAAGGGCAGAGGCGACGGGCUUCAGCAGAUGAACGGAAGCUGCGCUGUGCUACUCAUUGCCGAAAAUGGCAAAAAAGGUGAGUGA